AUCUGUAGAUUGACAAGAAGAUGACAAAACUUAUGAUUGAUGCCUAUAAUUUUUUUAUUGUUGGAACUUGUAUAAAAUGUAUUAUAUUUCAAAAUUUUGUCGAAUAUGUGUCCAAACAAACGUAGAAUUAUUAGAUCUCGAUACUUUAGAUUUCGACAAAGUAAAAUUGAGUGAAAAAUUGCAGCUUUGCACCAGAAUGGUUGUAACAAGAGAAAGUUUUUCUUCCGAAAUAUGCCUGCAAUGUAUUUCCAAACUUAGAACGUCCUAUCAAUUUCUUGAAAUGUGUAAAAAAUCAACAAAAAAAUUUCAUGAUUAUUAUAAGACUUUGCUUUCAAUGGACGAUAAUGAAGAAGAUAUAAAAAACUUUGUGAAUACUGAUUUACAUGUUGUGGUUAGUCCAAUUGAAGUUGAUAGUUAUUAUACAAUAAAUGAUAAUAUUGAAGAAAAUGAAAUGCAAUCUACCAGAGAAAAGCGAAAAAGAAUUACAAAAGAACAGAGGUGUUCAUUGCUCAAAAAAUUAUUAUCAAACCCAGAACACAGCAAACAAACAACGACACGAAGCUCAAAAAAAUAUAUGGGGUUCUAUACAGCACCAUCAGAAUCAUUUAUUGGUGGGUUAAAAAGUAUAAUAAAUUUCACAAAAAAUUAUGAAUUUGGAGUUGGUUUAGACAAUUUAAGCUAUGAAGCUACACCUUUGGAAAAGUUGACAGCGUUCUCAAAUCAAUUUUUUAGAACAGAUUUUUCUGAAUUUAAAAAUACAAUCUUGUAUAUAAUAGAAAAUAAGGACAAUCUAUGUGAUAGUGCAGAUAGUGAAGAUGAAGAAUAUGUUAAUAUUACUCAUCAAGAAGAAACCUGGCACUCUAAAAUAAGUAACAAAAUAUUUAAAGAUUGUGAUGAGAUGUUGGAUGAAGCUAUGCAUCAAAAUGUAAAAGAGGAAACAAAAGAAAAUAUCGUUAAGUUUGAAGAAGUCAUCGUAGAACCUGAUAUAAAAAUCAAAACUGAAAUGGAAUAUGAAGAAGGAGAAUGUCAAUUGAAUGAUAGUUUGUUAGACUCUAAGUUACAAAUAAAAGAAGAAAGUGAAUCUAAUGAAUAUUGUAGUAACUACACAAGUUCAAUGAACUAUAACAGUGAUUAUAAUAGUGAUUACACAAGUACUCCUCCAUUAGCAUUAGAAAAAUUAAAUUCUAUGAUGUCAUUAAACAAUUUUGUUGGUAAUUAUCAGCACAAGAGAAAUUUUUCGCCAAAUAAUGUGAGGUGUAGGACUAGAGAUAAUCCUUAUAUAAAUCCUUUGUUGAAGCAACAAUUUUUGUAUAGAAGUUUUAAGUGUGAUAAGUGUAGUAGGUACUUCAAAAGUCCUGGUUAUUUAAAAGCACAUCAUUCCAAAGUUCAUUAAUGAAUGAUGGAUUUAUAAUAGUUAUUGUUUACUAUGUAAAUAUUUAAAAAAAGACUCUUAAUGGGGUUGGUUUUUUUUUGUUAUGGCUAUCUAGGUUUUACCUAAAAGCACAAAAGUACCUAUUUAUUAGACAGUUCUAAACUUAGUCUAGUUUAUUUGUUAUAAAAAUUUUUAAUUUUUAUUAUAUAAAAUAAUGUUUUGUAUGAGUAUAAAAUGUUGUUAUAUUGGUUCUAAAGAUACUAUAUUUUUGAUAAACUGGGAUAAAAGUCAGUGGCGGCGAUUGGAUGUUAGAAGUAGAGGGGCAAAUUUAAAUCUAAAUACGGUAUUAUGGGAGAUUGUUUCAUGUUGUAGUUUGAUUUUUGCAUAUACAGGUGAAAAUAAAAGCAGAAAAUCAUCAAUUAUGUGAGGUAGUAAAACUUUUGACGAUUAUAUUUUCUUUUGUAUAAAUCUUGAAACGUGAAUUUAAAAAUUUCUAAAAUUGAGUAAACUUCCAACAAAGCCAUUUACUUUGAACUUUUAAAGUUCGUUUUGAAACACAAAAAGCAACUUUUAUCCGUCAACUGAAAUGCACAAAAUCAUGUCUCUGUCUUGCAUUUCUUAUUGUUUACCGUACAAUGUAAUUCUUAUUCUUAGUCAUUAUGACUUUCAUCUAUGACUAAUAGAGUAUUAUCAAGGAGCUGCAUAAAUACAUGGAUAAUUUAUGUUUUACCAAUGUCUUACAAAACCAAAGAUAUAACUAUUACAUACAAAGAAACAAGUAUAAAUAGAGCAAUCGGACAAGUAUAAAUAAAAUUAAUGAAUAAGUACAAACUAAGGAAGUAUAAAUGAAAAUAAUAGACAAUAAUUCAAUUUAACAUGAUACACGUCUUCUCAAAGUUUUAUUGCUCUAAAACAACGCUACAUAGCUUGAUUUCCUCCUGGCAUACAUUUCCAUGGAUUUCUCUUAUUCAAACAUUUUUAACCGCAUCAUUCUCAAUGGUAGUACAGCUAAAUUUGAUAAACGUUGUUGGGCCGUUGCAGUUCACACAGUGAUAAUCAAAAACAGUUGCAAAAGCUUAAACAAAUUAGGGAGGAUAUCCUGGUUUUGAACAUUUUCAGACUUGAAUCGAGAAAUUAAAUUUGGCACAAGAUCACGAUUAAUUUGGUCGAAUUUAUGUUUAAUUUUUGAAAAUACAUCAUUUUCUGAGCCUAAAGUGUCAAAAAAUGUAUGGUUCGAUGAAGAUUGCAGACAAGCAUUGAGAAAAAGAAAUGGGGCAAGAGAAUUGAUUUUAAAUAAUCUGCCUCAUGAAAGAAAAAGGAAGUAUACAGAUCAAAGGAAAAUCGCAAAACAAUUUGCAGAAGUAAAAAACGGAAAAUUUAUAAAAACAAUUGAAACUAAUGGAAAAACAUUAUAUAAAUAAUGAUAUAAGAAAUUUUUAACAAGAUACAAAAAGAAGCAAGGGAUCAGUCGUAGUUGGGCACAGAUACUAUCGAAGUAAAAACUGAUGUCUAAUAGGAUGCAGAAAAAGAAAACUGGAUGUUUGGAGGCAAUACUUUGAUGAAUUGCUAAAUGAAUAAAUAGAGGAAAACGGGGAAGAUAUGUCGUAGGAAGAGGAGGAAGAGAACCACCAAACCCCUAUAGUAGAAGUACCAGAAGAAAUUUAGAUAAAAAAUAUGAAAAAUAAUAAAAGUGCCAGAAUUAAUGGAAAACCAAUAGAAGUAAUAAAGUGUGGAGGACAGGCACUGCAGAACCGGAUAUUCAACAUAUUAAACAAAAUCAGGGAACUAGAAUAGAUGCCAAACCAAUGGGACAAAGCAAUUAUUUGCCCCAUACAUAAGAAAGGAGUUGAAGCUGACUGCGGUUACUACAAGUUACUACUACAAGUUACUUUACUGGAUUCUGGUCUAUAAAGUGCUAGCGAGAAACUUUGUAAUACAUAAUCCGUGAGCAUCUCCACCAGUUAUGGAGUCAUUUGCUUCAAUAUUUUCCUGAGUGCGCAGUAUAUCUAAUAAGUGUUAUUGAAUUGCUUUCAAAGCUGCUAAACCUACUGCUUUCGAAGAUAUAUCCUUAUUUGUUACCUCUUUGAAUGUAUAUUGUUGUGGCAAAUACUGCAUGUCUUUUAGGUGAAGCCUUAUUUAUAUUUUCCACAUAAACUGGGAAAGCGACUGUUCUCCUAGACCUUCAAUCGCCGCCAGUGAUAAAAGUUGGAUUAGAAUAAAUUGAGGGAGUAACCAUUUUUUAUAUUGAUGUACUUUAGAAUUAUUGAAAUCAUCAAAAAUCUUUCACGGUCUUAUAAAGUAUAAAAGAUUCUCUAACAAAAAUAAGUAAGAGAUUUUUAUGAAGCAAAAAUUAUUAUCAUAUUGUUUUUACAGAAAAUCUAUUUUUGUUUUUCAUUCAAAUAUCUUCAAGUAACAUAAAAUAUUUUGCAUUCAUUCUAAAUCGCUCGCUGCCUAAAAUCUUCUGUCUGCUCAAAUUUCGAGACCUGUGUACAUUUUUAUAAAGUGGUUACCCCCUACAAAGAAAUUUUCAUAUUUGAAUAAUUUUGUAUUUUGAUGAAAUUUCUGUUUAUGUGAUAAAAUAUAUAAAUUGUCUUUUCUGAUUAUUAAAUGAAAUCUAUAUUUAUUAACAAGCG